CUCUUAUUAUUACUACACUAUCAAUAUCAAUUUGCAAUUAUUUUGUAAUUUCCAGAACAUAGGCGGGGAACUGAAUUACAUAUUGCGUCAUUCAAAGGUAUUUUACAAACUGUAAACGUGCUCGUACGUGGAAUUGUGGUUAAGUUUGAGUUCCGUACGGCUCGAAUUUUAAUUAAUAAAAAUUAAUUUUAUAAAUGUCGUAGUUUCAUUAAAUAUAGUUUUCAUCUAAUUCAUUUAACAAUAUGACUACCGUUGAACGAAAAGGUACAUUUAAAGUUGAAUACUUACAAAGUAUUGAGAAAACAGUUCAAGAACAAUGGGCUAAAGAGAAAAUUUUUGAAGAAAAUGCACCGAGUGAACCGAAAAAGUCAUCGGACGAAAAGUUUUUCUGUACUUUUCCCUAUCCAUACAUGAAUGGCCGGUUACAUUUAGGACAUACUUUUUCUCUGUCAAAAUGCGAGUUUGCCGUGCGAUAUCAACGUCUAAAAGGUAAACAUGUUCUAUUUCCGUUUGGAUUUCAUUGUACAGGAAUGCCAAUUAAAGCAUGUGCUGAUAAACUAAAAAGAGAAAUGGAACUAUACGGUUUUCCACCCAAUUUUCCAGAAGAAGAGGAAACUGUAAUAGAAGUUGAGACUGAUAUUAUCCCUAAAGAUAAGAGUAAAGGGAAAAAGAGUAAAGCUGUUGCUAAAGCGGGAUCAGCAAAAUAUCAAUGGCAAAUUAUGCAAAGUCUUGGGUUAGUUGAUGAUGAAAUUAAGAACUUUGCAGAUAGUUCAUAUUGGCUAGAUUAUUUCCCACCAUUGGCUCUUAAAGAUUUACAAAGUAUUGGUUUACAUACUGAUUGGCGUCGAACAUUUAUAACGACUGAUGCAAAUCCAUUUUACGAUAGUUUUGUUCGUUGGCAAUUUUUAAGAUUACGCGAACAUGGAAAGGUUAAAUAUGGUAAACGUUAUACGAUAUUUUCACCGAAAGAUAAUCAACCUUGUAUGGAUCAUGAUCGUAGUACUGGUGAAGGUGUUGGCCCACAAGAGUAUACGCUUAUUAAAAUAAAAAUUUUAGAUCCAUUACCUCCAAAAUUAAAGAAAUUUGGCUUGCCAGUUUAUCUAGUCGGUGCCACUUUACGCCCAGAGACAAUGUACGGUCAAACAAAUUGUUGGGUACGACCGGACAUGAAAUACAUCGCAUUUAAAACAGUAAAUGAUGAUAUAUUUAUAUCAACUGCGCGUGCAGCACGUAAUAUGGCAUAUCAAGGAUUUUGUAAAGAGGAUGGUAAAUAUGAAGUACUACUUGAUUUAAUUGGUGAAGACAUAUUAGGGCUACCAUUAAAAGCACCCGUUACAAUAAAUCCAAUAAUUUACACAUUACCAAUGUUGACAAUUCGUGACGAUAAGGGUACAGGAAUUGUAACAAGUGUACCAUCCGAUUCACCUGAUGAUUAUGCGGCACUUGUCGAUUUACAAAAGAAGCCAGCAUUACGGGAGAAAUAUGGUAUUGAAGAUCAUAUGGUUAUGCCUUUUCAACCAAUACCAAUUAUUGAAAUACCUGAAUAUGGUAAAAUGUGUGCAGUUUAUGUUUAUGAAAAAUUAAAAAUACAAAGUCAAAAUGAUAAAGAUAAAUUACAAGAAGCAAAAGAAAUGGUUUAUUUAAAAGGUUUUUAUGAUGGUGUCAUGUUAAUUGGUCCAUAUAAAGGUCAAAAGGUUCAAGAAUGUAAAAAACAUAUGCAAAAAGAAUUAUUAGAAAAAAAUGAAGGUUUAGUUUAUUAUGAACCUGAAAAAACAAUUAUAUCACGAUCUGGUGAUGAAUGUGUUGUUGCUUUAUGUAAUCAAUGGUAUUUGAACUAUGGCGAACCAGAAUGGAGAAAACAAGCUGAUCGUUGUUUAGAAAAUAUGAAUACCUAUCAUGACGAAGUCAGACGCAAUUUUAUAAGUACAUUAAAUUGGCUACAUGAAUAUGCGUGCGCACGAACGUAUGGCUUAGGGACGAAAUUACCUUGGAAUGAACAAUGGUUAAUUGAAUCGCUGUCUGAUUCCACAAUUUAUAUGGCAUAUUAUACUGUUGCUCAUUUUCUGCAGGGUAAUACUUUUAAGGGAGAUAAACCCAAUGAAUUGGGUAUAAAAGCUCAUCAACUAACACCAGAAGUUUGGGAUUAUAUUUUUUAUAAAGAAAAACCCUAUCCAAAAACUUGUGGGAUCAAAAAAGAAGCACUCGAUAAAAUGCGAAGAGAAUUUGAAUUUUGGUAUCCACUAGAUGUACGAGUAUCUGGAAAAGAUUUAAUACAAAAUCAUUUAACUUACUUCAUCUACAGUCAUUGCGCAAUUUGGUCAAAUGAUGAAACCAAAUGGCCAAAGGGUAUUCGUGCAAAUGGACACUUAUUAUUAAAUUCAGCAAAAAUGUCCAAAUCUACCGGCAAUUUCUUAACAUUAUCAGAAGCUGUUCAGAAAUUUAGUGCAGAUGGUAUGCGUUUAUGUUUAGCGGAUGCUGGUGAUUCUGUUGAAGAUGCAAAUUUUGUUGAAUCAAUGGCCGAUGCUGGAAUAUUACGUUUAUAUACAUUUAUUGAAUGGGUAAAAGAAGUAUUAGAAACUAAGGACAAUUUACGUGUUGGUUUAUUUGAUAAUUUCAAUGAUUUGGUAUUUUUAAGUGAAUUAAAUCUUAAAAUUCAAGAAACUGAAGCUAAUUUUGAACAAUUUUUAUUUAAAGAAGCAUUACGUACAGGUUUCUUUGAAUUACAAGCAUGUAGGGAUAAAUAUCGUGAAUUGUGUUCUGCGAAGGGUAUGCAUCAUGAUUUAGUCAUGAAGUUUAUUGAAAUUCAAGCGCUUUUAAUGUCACCGAUUUGUCCGCAUGUUGCGGAACAUGUAUGGAAACUUUUAGGAAAAACUGGCUCAAUAGUGAAAGCAUCUUGGCCAAAAGCAGGAUCUGUUGAUGAAAUUUUAGUAAAAUCGUCUCAAUAUUUAAUGGAAACUGCACAUUCGUUCCGUAUAUCAUUAAAAAAUCAUCAUCAAAGUCGAUUAAAAGUUCGUAAAGGUCAAGAGGCACCUGCAGCACAAAUUGAAAAACCAACUCUUGGUAGAGUAUGGGUAGCGAAAACUUUCCCUGCCUGGCAAAGUUGUGUUUUAACUACAAUGAAAACUUUGUACGAUCAACAUGGACAAUUGCCCGAUAAUAAAGUAAUAUCACAAGCUUUAUCAAGUAAAGAAGAAUUAAAGAAGUAUAUGAAACGUGUUAUGCCAUUUGUUCAAGCUACACGCGAAAAAUUGGAAAAGAGUGGCUUACAAGCAUUAAGUUUAACAUUAGAAUUUAAUGAAAUUGAUGUUUUAAAUCAAAAUAUAGAUUAUUUGACGAAUACCUUAGAUUUGGAGCAGUUAGAAAUUAACUAUUCUGAUGAUAAAAAUGCACCAGAAAAAACGCGAGAAGAUUGUUGUCCUGGUUCACCUUAUAUUCUAUUUUUUACCCCACCCGGUGUACCACUGGAAAUUAUCAAUCCAAUUCCUAGAAAUGGAUUGUUUACUAAAAAGUAUAAUAUCGCUAAUGGUGAUACUGCGUCUAGAAUAUGUUCACGAAUUAUUCGUGAUACAAAAACCCUUAGAGAUAAUCAAAAAAUACAAUUAUGGCGUUACAUCGACCCUUCACUCGGCGAUCGUCGUAUACCAAAUUUUAUAGAACCGCUGAAAAAUAAAGAAGUAAUUCCUGCUGAUUCAACAUUUAAUGUGGACUUAAAUAAAAAAACUAUAACUGUUGUAUACCCUGAUAAUAAGAAGUAUUUAGUUGGAUCCAGUAUAUGUUAUGUAGUGAAUGAAUUAUGAGUACAUCUUCCAGUGUCCAGUAUCCAGUGAUCAAACACAACUUAAUCGUUUCAAUUUUUAGUGAUUUUUUUAAUGUGUACUAAAAUUUUAUUAUUCACUGAACCAUGAAUAAACAAUAUUUAAUAUUUAUGUUCAUCUUAACCAUUUUAUAUUUGUCAUCAGUUAAUUUAUUGUAUUGAUAUUUAUUUCAGAUUGUAAU